GUGACAAAAAGGAUGAAGAUGCUUUUGAUUUUUAAUUUAAUAUUUGACUUCAUUUUACCGAUUUCGGGUGGAGUACAGAUCAUUUGUCAACACGAUUAUGGUACUAUAUCCUGUGACGUCCAUUAUGUAAUAGCAAUAGUUAAUUCAGUGUACGGUCGAUUAGAUGAAACGACAUGUGCGAUUGGAUACACAUUGCCGGGUGAUCAGUGUACCAUAGACUCAACUGCUUGGUUAAGACAAAAAUGUCAAGAUCGUCAAUCGUGUAUAUUACGACCAGCCGACAUCAUUACUGAUCCGUGUCCUAAUAAAAUAAAGUACAUUACAGCUACAUACGCAUGCAUUGAUACUGACGAAUGCGCGACCAGCCCUUGUCAAAAUGGUGGUGUAUGCAAUGAUGGUCUAAAUAGUUACACGUGUACGUGUGCUGCAGGAUAUGCUGGAGGCAACUGUCAAACAAAUAUUGACGAAUGUGCAACAAACCAUUGUUUAAAUGAUGGAAUCUGCAAUGACGGUAUCCAUAGUUACACAUGUACAUGUGCCUCCGGAUACGAGGGAUUCAACUGUCAGACAAGUAAGAUCAGAAUAAAGGGGACUUCAAUAUGUUGCAGUUAUCGCAGUGAGGCAUAA